GUUAAUGAAUAAACAAAAACAAAAUAUUCCACUCGAGUUUUCAGCAAAUUGUAGAUUUGGUGCAUAAAAUACCCAAAAGCAGCCAAUAAAUACAUCAAUUAGGCCCAAUCACCUUAUUGGUCAGACUCUGUGCCCAUCAUUCUCACUUCAUUGCGAUUGGUGAGAGAGAGAGAGAGAAGAGAGAGAGAUUCACCGGAAUGAGGAAGUGAAGCUGUUUUCAGUUGCAGUUGUUGUUGUUGUUGUUGUUGCAGUGAUUGGUUGGCUUCCAUGGACGAAGUUGUAACAAUGGCUGAUGUUACAGCAAGCACGCGCUCAGCGCCUUCAUCUUCCUCUUCCACCCUUCCAUUCAACGCUCCUCUUCUCUCAGCUUUCCUCGCCUUCGCUAUCGCUCAGAUCCUCAAGAUCUUCACCACCUGGUAUAAGGAAAAGAGAUGGGAUUCCAAGAGGAUGCUUGAUUCUGGCGGAAUGCCUUCAUCACAUUCUGCAACGGUGUCAGCUCUUGCACUGGCUAUAGGUCUCCAAGAAGGAGCAGGGUCGCCGGCUUUUGCUAUUGCUGUCGUCUUGUCAUGUAUUGUUAUGUAUGAUGCCUCAGGAGUAAGACUUCAUGCAGGUCGGCAAGCAGAAUUGCUGAAUCAAAUUGUGUGUGAGCUGCCUCCAGAACAUCCUUUGUCUACUGUCAGACCUCUGCGCGAUUCACUUGGUCACACUCCACUUCAGGUUGUUGCCGGUGGCUUAUUGGGAUGCAUUAUAGCGUUUUUGAUGAGGAGCUCCAAUUAGAAUACCAUGUGAUGUAGCUGAUACAAAUUCUUUUACCUUAUCACAAACUUCACUGCAGGGCCCAAUUGGGAUCAUCGUGGAAACAGCAUAAAAACUUGCUGUUUUCGCUAUCUUGUAAAGUGGUUUGAGGGUUCAACUUAGCCCUGGAAGAUCCUGCGUCCUGAUUACUGGACAUUCUAUCUUCUAUUGUGCUCAUUUAUUCAUGGGUCUGUUAAGUUUUAGCUUUAGCUAAAUUGGUUGCUGAACACACUAUGAUAUAGCUAGUCUGUCCAUUGUCCAAUUGAGAGGCUUCUUGGAGAUUGCCUGUCAUGUUAAAGUAUUUUUAAUAUCUAAAUUCUGAAAGCUGGUUAGCUAAGACAGUGAAUGGAGAUGAAUGUCUCUCUUGGUUGGGAAAAUCGAAUUGUUUACACACAAAGCUAUGAUAUAUUUCUGUAUGAUUUUCCUUUAUAAUUAUACUUUUCAUUUGUGGACUUA